AUGCGUGCACGAUUACGAGGCCCUGGAGGCGCUUCUACCAUAACGCUUGCGGACGAUGCUACAGUAGGGGAUCUGCUCACAGAAAUCGUCGAGAAGACAUCCAUUCCUAGCUUUGAUAUUAAAUAUGGCUAUCCACCAAAACCCUUGCGCCUGGAGCAGAGUGAGCCGUCGCGACCGUUAAAAGAGCUGGAUGUGAAGUUGGAUGGGGAACAGCUUACCAUUAGUCAGAAGGAGGGGCCAGCUGUUCCUACGUCCAACAAUCAGCAGUCAGGCCCCAGUGGUUCAUUAAAAGAAGCGACACCGAGAGCAGACUCAUCACGGGUAAUAGAAGACAGGAGAUCGCCUGGCCCAGUAUCUCUGCAGAGGAAAAGCAUGGAGAGCGAUGUGCCUGAAUUGCCCUUACCAGAAAGGGGCGCAACUCUUGUACUGCGAGUAAUGCCUGACGAUAACAGCUGCCUCUUUAGAGCCUUAGCCGCGGCUGUUCUUCCUGGCGAUGACCUUAGCAUGCCCGAGCUACGUGCCUUGGUUGCUAGCACUAUACAAUCGCAGCCUGAAAUCUAUACAACAGUGGUUUUGGAGAAGAGGCCGGAUGACUAUUGUCGCUGGAUCCAAUCCCCUAAUUCCUGGGGCGGUGCUAUUGAGAUGGGUAUCCUAGCUCAAUAUUUUGACAUCGAGAUAUGCAGUAUUGACGUACAGUCCCUCCGCGUCGACCGCUUUAAUGAAGGCGCACGUAGCCGCUGUAUCCUAGUUUACUCCGGCAUCCACUACGAUACGAUCGUGCAGAGCCCCUCAGAACCCCCACAUACUAGAGCCGACAGCCCGCCCGAGUUCGACAAGCGCGUGUGGGACUCAGACGACGACGAUAUACUUAUAAAGGCUCUGGAGCUGUGCAAGAAGCUGCAGGAGAAGCAUUACUAUACUGAUACGGGAGGCAUGGCCAUCAGAUGCCAGAUCUGUGGCACGAUUGUACACGGCGAGACGGAGGCUAGUGCACAUGCUCGCGAAUCAGGGCAUUAUGAUAUGGCUGAGGUUACGGCGUAG